UUCUUCUCGUUCUCCUUGUCCAUGGCCCGGGUUGUUCCUCCUCGUCCUCCUGUCGUCAGUCAAAGGCCAUGCAUGCUGCUCAGGAACGGAGAAGAAGAAGCUGAACACUCGUCUGUCUGUCGGUUUAGUUGUGAACAGACCUUAGGGCCCAUCACACGCGUCUUUGUUCCACUUGUUCCACUUGUUCCAUCCACCCAAGCUGGAGGAGCACUUCACUUUGUUGUUCCAAACCUGAAGAACCACAACAAAACAGUAGCGCUGUGCAGGAGGUGGAUCAUAAUGAUGAUGACGCUUGGACAUGCAGUUGUUGUUCAUCAUCCAAACAUUUGAGAAGAGAGAGAACAGAGAGGAUCCAACCCUUCUCCCUACAUUGGUCAUUUUUUAGUGAGUGCAUCACAAUCAUCAUCAUCAUCAUCAUCAAUAUCAUCAUCAAUUCCCUUCAUCAUCUGUAGUCCGUACGACCAAUGGACUUCUUUUACAAAGUGAAUAGGAUCGCGCUCGGCGAGUGGUGACAUCACCCCGGCAAUGAACACAGUGAAGAAUCAUGGUACUCGAUGUGCCGUUGGCUGGAACGCACCCAUGGUCAUGGAACACAUCGACCGUGAGACGGCCCGCACCACCCAACCGUACUUUGGUCAUUGUCCAUGAGUGGUGGGAGCCGGCCCGAAAAUGACAGUGACCGUGGCAGCCGCCAUUGCCGCACUUCAGAGUCACAACGCCGCAGCCGCAGCAGCAGCCGCAGCUGCCACCUCGUCCUCCUCGUCGUCGUUGUCCGCGGGAUUCGGCUCGAAUCGUUCCCCGCCGAGCACUUACGACCAUUUGCCCACCUCAUUGGGUCAAGAUCUCCACACCGUGCACUCCGUGGUGAACCUCACUAGAAUGGGUCGUCGAAAGCAACACUGUCCCCAAAAGACCGGAUUGAAUGCAGAGGGACCGCCAGGUGGCAAUCCGGGCGGAGUCGAAUCCUCUCCAUCCAAUUUGACCAACCUUCAGGAGCGGGAGUCGUCCUCUAGUCCGGACAGUCGAAGUCACGCAUCCAGGGAAACACCUCCGAUGAAUGAUUCGAAUCAAAACCCGUGGGCAUUCAAAAUGUCCCUCAACGGGGCCUCGGCAGCCAGUCCUCCUUUAGGCGCAUCCAAAGCUCCCAAGUUGCCCGGUAAUGAGGAGGCCUUGGCCAACUUGUUGAAGUCCAAUCCUUUACUUGGACUGAAUCCGGCUCUGCUCUCACUCAAUCCGUCACUGUACGCAGUUCAAUUGGCUCAACUUCAAGCGGCUCAACUGUUGUCGCAGAGUGUGGGACUUCACAAGUCGGGUUCAGAGGGGGGACUGCCUAACCUAGACGAGCAAUCUAAUUUCCGGAAACGGAAACUGCCCGUCCCGGAUGAGGAAAUGGAAUCCGGAGGCGGGGGUGUCCUCAAUCUCUCCAAGAGGUCUCCUCUCAGCUCACCCAAGAUCAGAGCUGAGUCACCAUUGGAUUUAUCAGGCAAUGGUGGAAUGACCCACAAAAGGCCCUCUUCCUCCUCCUCCGAUUUCAUGAGUCCGGCCAAAAUGCCCAAGAUGGAGAUGCCACCUUGGGCCACUGGAGCUUUCCCCUUUCUAAACCCAUUUUUGGCGGUCAGUUCCUCGGGAGGAAUGAGUUUGCCUCACCAUUCCGUCAGUUUAGGCAUGCCACCCACUAGUCCUUCUCUGAAUACAUCACCCCCCUCGACAUGCUCGACAACGUCGGAGAAUCGGAACCCUUUGGAACGGAUGAGUGAGAUAGCCAAAGGCAGUCAUGCAGCCAAUGCCAAAGGUGGCCCCCGUCAAAGCGCCUGGCAGUCCCAAUGGAUCAGCCGAGGCCCAGAAGCCAAUAAAGACAUAUUCAAGUGCGUCUGGUGUAAAGACAGUUUUCCUUCACUGCAAAGUUUGACUACUCACAUGAAGGAAACCAAGCACUUUGGAUCUUCCAUUCCACCCUCGCCUACGUCACCUCAAAUGUCAGUGCGACCACCAUCAUCCCUGAUGAUGACCUCCCCCACCACAGCUGUUUCCACUCAUUUUUCUCCGUCAGCUGGAGGAUCGCUCGUGAAAGCACCUCACUAUUCACACACAAACAACUCGGUUGGAGCUGCCACGCAUUCGUCGGCUUCUCCAUCCCCCAUGGGGGGUGCGUCCAAUACGAAACAACAACGAGACAUCUUGAAGGAGCAAUUGCCCUUGCCCCGCAAACUUGUGCGUGGCCAAGACGUGUGGCUGGGACGGGGUGAGCAACAGACAAGAGACAUCCUCAAGUGCAUGUGGUGUGGCGAAAGCUUCCGCUCCUUGGACCUCAUGACCAAACACAUGCAAGAGACAAAGCACUAUACCAAAGUCAUCUCUCAAGAGCAACUGGUUUCUUGGAAGUCAGCUGAUUCACAAGUAGCCAGUCCUAACCACGUGAAUGCCGUGCUAACUUGCAAAGUUUGCGAGCAAGCCUUUUCUACACUUAAAGAGUUGAGUGAUCACAUGGUGAAGAACAACCAUUGCAAAGAACAAUCAAGUCCAGUUUCCACGGGCCUCACUUCACCAGUUUCUAGCGGGGGUAAUAAUUCCAAUGGCGGGAAUACGAGAGGGGGAUCAAACCGGGGGGCGACCGGUCUGCAAAUUGGCCCCCUAAUCACGAAUGGAUCACCCGGAAGUCAGGGACCAAUGGGAGGAACCCCUCCGACCGGAGGUCAGUCUGCCAAAGAGAAACGAAAAAAGUCUUUGCCAGUGAGAAAAUUGCUGGAGUUGGAAAGAGCUCAACAAGAAAUGACUGGGCAAUUCAAACCGAGCAAUGAGGAGACUCCUGGGAAAAUCUCUUGCGAGAAAUGUGGGGAGAAGAUCCUCAUGCACAUGUUUGUUGACCACAUUCGCCAGUGCGUGGGGCCUCUCAAUCUUCCCCGCAGUAAUGCUUCCUCCUUUGAGAGUCUUCAUCAUCACCAUCAUCACCAAAAACAACAACAGCAUCAACAACAGCUUCGACAACAUCGCCAAACUCCGUCUGCAUCGCCACCGGCAUCCACUCCACCUGGACCUUGUGGCUCCGAGUUAGGGAAAGGUUCACCUUCACCUCGUGGAACCCCCAAAGAGCACCCGGCUUCCAUGUCAUCAUUCUCUAAAGAAGAGCCCAAGUCAAUCCUCGGCUCGUUGGAGAAAAUGGUUCAGAGCAACUUUGGAACCAAGACCAAAGCUGGUCCUGACAACAACAUGAGUAUCCUUCAACGACUUGGCAUUGACGAAGGAGUCGAUUACAGUAAGCCACUGGUUGACCCCAUGGCCAUGUUUCGACCCCCUUCAAGUUCAGCCCUAGCUUCAGUAGCAGCGGCAGCGGCAGCUUCGGGCUUUGCCCUCUUUCCUUUGCUGAGGUCAGGCGGUGUUGGUGCUGGCGGAUCCGAGAUUUCAAAGACAGCUCUUAGCAGUAGCAGUAACAAUAGUGCCUGCAGCUCUCCUGACCAAAUCAAGCCCUCAGGAGUCGUGGAGACCACCAGAAUGACAGGAACGUCAAUCAAGCCCGCGGAAUCCCCCGUUAAAUCUCCUGCGAGUGAUGACGCUAAAUCCCCUGUGUCAAGAACAGGGGACAGACGCCUCAACGACAAUGGCGAUGAAGACGACGGCGAAGAUGGAGAUGGAGACGACGAUGAGGAGGAGGAUGAAGAGGUCGAAAUGGAAGACCAUCGAGGCCCUCGCAAUGGCGACGUGAAGGGCCAAAAGGCCAAGCAGCAGUACCUUCAAUCCCAUGAUGAUGAUGAUGACGAUGAUGUUGAUGUUGGUGGUGAUGAGGAGGGAUCUGUGGUCGGUGGUGGUGAUGGAAGAAGAGUUGGCCAUAGUGAGACAAACCCGUUGAAGGUGUCAGACAGCAAAACGUCAAGUCGUGAGGAGGAAGUGGAAGUAGAAGAACAAGAUGAGAGGGAAGAACUUCACGAAUCCUCUCCUUCGCCUUCUUCGACGACGCCUUUGGUCAGUGGUGGUAGUGGUGGUAGUGGUGGUAGUGGUGGCGGUGUUGGUAAUCGUGGUCGAGCAAGCCAGAGGGAAAUCAAUGAAGAUGAAAAGGAUGAAGACGGAAAAAGUCAGCCUGUCAAAAAAGAGAGGAAACCGAGAGGAGAAGGGGCUAGACACGAAUGGCAGCAACCCAAGGAGGACAAGCCAAGAAGGAAUCAGAGGGACAGAGAGGAAGACCAAGCAGAAAAAGACCAAGACCAAGUAGGAUUGGAAGUAAAGAACUUGACAUCAGACAGAAUGGACGAUAAAGAUGAAAUGGUCACUCACACUCCGAGAGUGACAGCCUUUCCCAUCAUCAAGGCCAGUUCCCCUCCUCCUCCUCCUGACCCUCGCGAGUGGGGCUUGUCGGCUGCUGUCCCCAAAUCGUCAUCCUCACCCCGUCAAAGAUCAAGAAAAUGCCACAACGUCGACGAUGACCAGGAUGACAUCAAAGACACAUCACCUGACCAGCCCCAAGAUGAAGAUCAUGAUCGAGGCCUCAACAACUCGAGUCCCAAGGGUAAAACGGCGCCAGGGGCCCAGGCCAAGAAGAAAAGCCACCCUCUGGCAGCUCUCCAGCUACUUUGCGAUAAAACCGAGAAAACGCCCAAGACACCCGUGACAAGUACAUGCAUGUAUGGCACGCCGACCGAUCCGGGCGCCAUCUUGGCAUUCUCUUGGGCCUGCAAUCAGGCCGUGGUCAAUGACUCGCUCCUGAAGUGUCCGUUUUGUGACACGCCAUUCAUAUCAAAAGGUGCCUAUCGUCACCAUCUGAGCAAGAUGCACUUUGUCAAAGACGGAUCCUCGCCAGAUCCCAGACUCCUCAUGUCUCGAUCCGUUAUGAGCGGUGGAAGUAAUGGAGGAGGUAGAGAAGGAGGCGGAGGUGGAGGCGGAGGGGGUGGACAUGGGCAUGGUAGCCAUGGUGGCCAUGCAAGUGGUGGUCAUCCGCCCAGCCACGGCCAUCAUGGAAGUCCAGGAGGCUCUGGCCAAGCGGGAGGAGGCAGUGGGUGCGAUGGAAACGGUGGUGCCGCCGAUGGCGGGGACAACUCUCAGAUGAAAGAAGAAAAUGCUCAGUCCAAAUUCCAGAAAUACUCUCAGCUUGCCAAACAAUUAUCGUGCUCCACUCAACCUUGAACAAAAAGUCUUCCUUUCAAACUGACGCAUCAACAAAGUGUUGAACGGGUGGUUCCAUGAUUGGAACAGUGUUUUCCUUUGUCUCCGGGAUAACACGGGCUUGUGGAAUGAUCCCAUCCCUCAACCAACUGACCCAACGAUUGCUUCCCUUUUCUGUCUACGGCGUGAAUACGAUAACGAGACAACACUAAAACUAAGCCAAAUCCCCCUUCCUUUUCGUAUUGUCAGUACGUAGUGGCAUACAAGAAGCAGCAGCUAGUGUUUUACUUCCCGCAGUAUUAUCCCCUUCUCGUUACCACUCUCAUUGAGGCCAAUCCCGAUUUCGAUGGAUAGCUCCCUCUUGUUUUGAUUAUGUUCAUCCCUUUGAUCCAUUUGAUCCAUCUUCUGGUUCUAAACCUGGCCUCCCUUGAUCACGCUUUUCAACUGCUCUCGAAGAAACCAAAACGUUGAUGUUGUUCAUAUAACUAGUUCGUAAUUGCCACCACACCAACCAACAUACUCUAACGGCUGAUGAAGCAAUGUAAACUCAUUCACACACUAUCGUGGUGACGAUGUCUCGUCUACGAUUAUUAUGAUAAGGAUUAUUAUCAUUAAUACGAUUGCUACCAUGACUAUGAUUAUUAUUAUUCUUAUUCUUAUUAUCAUUAUUAUCAUCAUGAUUAUGAUUAUUAUUAUCGUCAUCAUUACUAUUACCAUCAUUAAAUCUAUUAUCAUUAUAACGAUCCCUCUCCUCUAUCAGAUGUUGCGUUGAAUAAUAAAAUCGCAAAAAACGCUCA